AUUACAAGGCACAAUUCGGUGGCUUUUUAUAGUCAGUAUAGACAGCCUUCAUUGCACACAGUACGAGGAGAAAUGAAUUAGAAAUAUUGAUUAUUGAACCAGUGGCAAAUAGAAUAACGCUGAAUAUUAUUGCUAUUAACAUCAACAUGGCGAGCAAACUGAAGGAGCCAGAUUGGGUGAGGUCUUUCAAAAUGGCCCACAGGAUUCCCAUUCAGCAGGACGAUCUAAGUUUCGAGGAACGACAGAGCAAAGUAUGGGAGGAUAUGGAAAAAGAUAUGGAGAGGCGGCGGAAAGAGUGGGAGAAUGAGAUCGAGAGUAUGAGGGGCGGAUUCUUUAAUCUUCGUCCGAGCAGCAACGGAAAGAUGGAGGCCUUGACGGACAAACUGGGAGGCUCGGACGACGCUAAAACAGCUAUCGAAAAAGAUCAGUUCGGGAGACCGGUGUUUAGGGCUCGUUUUAUUGUCAGUGACUAUAAACCGGAGGAAGUCAAUGUGAAAAUGGAUGCACAUAAACUUAUCGUCAACGCAAAGCACGAAGAAAAGGGCGGUCAACGAUCGGUUUCUCGUGAGUACAGUCGCGAAAUCAAUAUUCCAAACGAAAUCGAUCCCAUGGCACUGCACUGCACUAUUUCAUCUGAUGGUGUGCUUACUGCUGAGGCCCCCAUGCCUGUACCUAAUUACGCACCUAUAACAGACAACAGCGGUACACAGAGGAUGGUUCAGAACGUCAGCUCGACCGUGUCCAGUCCCCCUCCCCGGGGCACGCCACCACUGGGUAUUCCAGUACAAAACGCACCACCAACAACACACACGUCCACCUUUACUACUUUCAUGUCACCAAAGAGCGGCACUUCUUCCCCACCACAACAACAAUAUUCCGAAAGUACUCCACAAUAUCCCGGAAAUCCACCACAACAAUAUCCCAGAAGUCCUCCACAAUCUCAGUUUUCCAGUAGUGUACCACCACAACCGUACCCCGGGGGUCCUGGCACGGCCCAUGUAACUAACACAAACAAUCUUCAGCGUACUUACUCGGCUCCUCCCUCACACGUGACAUCCUCAUCAACCACAUCUAAAUAUGAAACCCGUGGCGGUUCGCAAUCUCCUGCAACAAUGGACAGGGAGAAAAGGUAUCGAGUGGAGAUAGAUAUUGAGGAUUUCAGUCCGGAUGAUUUAAACGUGAAAACAUUAGACAAAAAACUAUUGAUCAGUGCCAGAAGAGAGGAGAGAAUAGGCUCUCGCACCUCCACCAAGGAAUUAAACCGAGAAUUUACUCUACCCGACACAGUGGACCCCAUGUCAAUAAAAGCCUUUUUCUCGGAUUCCGGAAAACUGCUGGUAGAAGCACCUUAUAUGAGAUCCAUAACAGUAGGGCAUUUCGCCGAGGGACGGGAAGGAAGUCCCCAUUUUGGAAUGGGUUCCCCCUUCUCUGGCAGAUGACUUUGAACAUGCCCUAAUUUCCAUUUAGCAUAAUGAAAAGCCGUUCUAAAUACAAAACUGUUGCAAUACAGGCGGCAAUAUCAUGCUCUUGUGUUCUUCGUUGAAAUAAAAGCGGAAUAUGUGAUUGGAUCAGACAUGCUGAUACAUGUAUUAUAUAAACAUAUGUGACAAAUAUGCGUGUUAAAUUAUUACUCGAUUUCAUUUUGUUGAGGAUUAUAUAGCAAAGAUCGACAUUAAGAAAUAAUUAACACAACAUUUUGAUACUAGUAUUAAUAACUAACAAAAUAUUAACUUUCAAAUGCUAAAGACAUCUGAAAUUCAUCGCUUCUUAUUUACAAGGCAAUGUAAAGUGUAUAAUUUUUGGGUUAUAUUAAUAGCAUUUUAAAAAAUAAAUAUAGAUCUUUC